GUGUGAAAGCAGAUGUCCGAGGGAAUGGCUGUCAGCUUUUAUUAGAUUAAAUGGGUGGAAGUGCUCAGUUUCCUCUUCAAACUAGUAGAAAUUGAAUUAAAUUUGUAUCUUUGUUUCGGAGCGCUUGCCUAGAUGGCGUUUUUCUCGGAAUUUACGUCCCACAUGUGCAGUCGCUUAAAAACAAUGUGAAAUCCGACGAUUCAAAGCUAAAGCAUUUCUCCUACAUACGUGUGCACCGUUAAAUUCUUCCCUUUCAAAGACUAAUAUGUCCCUUUCCCCUUCAACUAAAAAGAGAAAACAGCAUGAUGAUGCAGAUGAUCAAGCGGAAAAGAUUUUUCCCGCUAAAAGUCCUGAAUCGAAUAACAUAAUUAUUUACAUACAUCCAGAGGGUAUUGGACCUAAAAGACUGGAUAUUAUGAAGAGUUCCGUCAUUAAAAAUGGAUUUCAUUUAUCAAAUGCCAUGACGGUUGAUGUGACUCACGUAAUAUCAGAACUACAAUCUAGAGAGGAUGUUUUGAACAGCAAAGAAUUCAAGGAAAUUAGAAACUGGAAUGGUUAUAUUGUGGAAUCACAAUGGCUUGUUCAAUGUUCAAAGUUUCAUUCUCUGGUACCAGUGGCUGGCUAUCUUCUUCCAUCGCUGUCCAUCCCUGAAUCAACACCAGUUACUAUUCCACAUGAAGAAACAUCGUUGUAUCCAGAUCCGGACUUUGAUUUGAACAAGUUCAAUGAAUGUGUUGCUGAAAGAAGAGCUGUCCUAGACCACCAGAACAAAGAUAUAGCAGAAGCACUUGAUUUACUACGGGAAUAUUGGUCACUAUGCCAUCAAACUGUUACCGACGAGCGCCGUGCCCUUGCCUUUGCACGAGCAGCGGCAGCAGUAAAAUGCUUGCCUUUCAAAGUGACGAACCCACGUCAGUUAAAAGGAAUAAAAGACCUUGGUGAUGGUCAUGCAUUGCGCGUCGCCACACAGAUCGUUGAAUCUGGGCACAGCCAGGAAGUGGAGGAAAAGAGAAACGACAAAAAAUUUCUUUCCUUUCAGAUAUUUUGUAAAGUCUUUGGAGUAGGUCCUUCUAUUGCCAAGAAGUGGUAUGCGAUGGGUCUACGCACGGCUGAAGACGUAAAGAAACGCUUUGAUCAGCUGGACGUCAGCAAAGAUAAUAUGAUUUCAUACGGAGUGGCUUUCUACGACGAUUUGAAUCGACCGCUGCAAUUGGUAGAGGCAGAGAACACAUACAAGCACAUCACAGCUUUAGCCCAGCGUAUCUUACCGUCAGUCGUGACUAGCAUGAUUGGAGGAUUUCGCCGAGGGAAAUCUAGUGGUCACGAUCUGGACGUGCUGUUUUCGUAUCCAGAGCGUGAACAUAAUGAACACGGCUUAAUUGCAGCUGUUCGAGACGAACUGGACAAAAAAGGUCUGGUCGUUUGGUCACGUUAUUCGCGCGCGGACGGACCGAGAGGUGUCGAAAUCGAUUCCAGUCCACUUCCUGCUGGAUCGGCAAAAGAUCAUUUACUAGUGAUCAUGAUUAUUUUAAAGUAUCCGCUUGAUGGUCAUUUUGACCAGCUUGAACGGCGUGACUUUUCAACUGAAAAGAAUCUAGGGCUUUUCCAGUUGGCGGAUUCAGCUCGCCCUUGGCGAGCUAUACGGGUUGAUUUAGUUGGCUCAACGACUACGCAGUAUCCCUAUGCUCAGAUAGGAUGGACCGGCAAUAAACAGUACAACCGCUGCCUGCGUCAGUACGCGAAAGAUGCCUUCAACUACUCCCUGAGCAGCACGGGUCUUUAUGACAAGCGACAGCACCGUUGGUUACCUGCUCAAACAGAGCGAGACGUUUUCGAUCACCUGAAGCUGAGCUAUCGCGAGCCUUGGGAACGCAAUUUUUAAAGGCUGUUUGUCAUAUCGGCCU